GGAUGGGGGUGCUUCUCUGUGUGUCCCAAACAAAGUGUCACAAAGAGCUCGGCCCGCGGCAGCCGCGGAGGCGGCUGUAACUCCGCUUUUGUUCUCCUGGCCCGGGGUAGCUGAGCUCUGGCCUCCCUAUCUCCCAACCCUGCCCCCAUCGCCCUCCUGGAUUAUUUUCCGCGCGUGGAGUGUGGGGUGCGCUGGUGGAGUCCCUCGUGUGCGAUCACAGGUCCUGCUCCGCUUGCCUACCAGUUUUUGAGAGGGAUAUUUUCCCAGAGGGUCUCCUACCCACCUCCCAGCCUGAGGACUGAGGCUCGUGCAGGCACAAACACUGACUUUUUAUGGGCCAGCUCCAGUUAAAGGGACUGAAGGCUGUAUAUUUGCACCCCCGCCCCCCAAUCCAGGCGCCUUCAGAACUUUCAGAAUCGGGGUCAAGUUAGGACAUGCUAGAACAUGGGUCUAGGAUAAGAUUGUGUGUGUGUGGGUUGUACCUCCCUCUCACCUCUCGAUAGUUAUUUGGGAGCCCAUGACUGAAAUUUCAUGCCCCCCUAUCCCUUUUCCAAGAACUCACUCCAAAAAGGUGUCAAGGUUCAGUGUAGUGUGGAUUUGAAGCUGCUCUCAGCAGUGAGGGUCAGGGAGCCAUGGGAGACUCUGGAAGUGAGAUGUUGGCAUGUGUGUGUUCUCCAGGUGGUCUUGACUCUGGACAGUCUAAUAAGCCCCUUUUCCAUUUAAUCUCAUCUGUCGAAGUGGUUCAUAUUCAUUAGCUAAUUUAGGAGAGGGGAGAUUGCCAAAAGGAAAGAAAAAAAAAAUCAUGUGUUGGGGAUGACCAGAGGCAGAGGCCUACUUACAGCUAGGCCCCCGGGACCCUGAUCCUUUGCUACUGAACACUUGACCUUAAAAUACUUUGAAUCACAAGAUUUGGGGUGGGGGUUGGGGGAAUCUUCUUGGUCCUUGUUCUGUAAGUCUUCACCCUCCGCCCCUCCGUAAGGUUUGGUGGUCCAUACCCGCUUUGCCUCAGCUCUCCUAGCAGGUAAAAGUAAUUGGCCUGUUGCUUUGGAAAUAUUUCUAAUUUGUAACUCCGGUCCUGCAUCUCUGCAAAAAUACAAACAGGAGCAAGAUAACCCCUGACUCCCUCUGGGUGUGGAAAGUAGGUCAUUGCUACUCUGGCCAAGGCUCAGGGGUGGUGUUUAAGCCUUGAGUAUAGAAAAAUGUGAGGAUUGUCCACAGACAAUGCAUGUCUGACUUGGGUUCCAAACCAGGUCACAGACUCUGUCUCUGUUGGUGCUCUUCCCUAUUGAGAACAAUUUAUGAGAUCUGGUGCCUGAGACCUGGUUUGAUGGAGAGAUACGGAAGCCAUCUUGACUGGGCCUAGGAGGUCUCGGUGGAUUUUCCUGAUUUUAGGCCACCUUCUGGGAAACUGCCCCUGAGGAGAAAUUCAGCUUCCAUUUGUGCCUUCUUAUGUGUCGCUGCUUUCUGGAAACUGCUACAUGCAAAAGUGUGGGGUUUGUUGUUGUUCAGGGGAGGAAGCCUUGCUCUGUUUCUGCUCUUUUUGCCUCAGGUAUUAGGCCAUUUUCCUAUGAGACAUUUUGCUUGGUGUUUUACAGGCAGUUUUAGAGGCCCUAGAAUCUUCUCAGGAUCAGAAUAUGUGCCCAUAGGUUAGUCAGCUAUGACCAUGCAGUAUUCACACACACACACACACACACACAUACACACACACACACACACCCCUCCCAGCCAUCUGCUUCCUCUGAAUAUACCAGAUUGGCUGUACACCAGGAUGUUCCGGGAAUCCCCAGGAAAGCAACAGAAUGUGAUGGACUCAAAUACGAUGCCUCAGUAACUCAUUCCAGGAUGUACAAACUGUAACUGUUAUGACAUUCUGUAUAGCUAAUUAAAAUUUUUCUAGGUAUGUGUAUUUUCCAUUCUAUUCUCAAUGACAUCCAAAAGGCCAAAGUAAUUCCUCUGAUACCCCUCCAUAGCUUCUCUGAUACUCCUCCAUAGUUCCCAAAUAGGACUCGCCCCCCUCCCCCAUUCACUAGUUUCUGUGUCCUCUCUUUAGUGCUAAAAUGGCCAAUGUGGCCUCUCUAGCACUUCCUAGCUCUGUCUGUGAUACCGAGGUAGCCAAAGUGGCCACUCUAGUAGCCCACUGCACUCUCCAUGGUACUGAAGGAAUGGCCAUUUGUUUUAACUUCUCUUUGGGGGUGGGGGCAGAAGAGUCUUGUGACUUAAAACCACACAACUUUCAAGUUGGCAGGGACUACAAAUGUAAAUUUAUUAUAGCUCAUUUCAUAGACGGUAAACUGAGAGUAAGUGAUUUACCCAAGGUUGUAAGACACACGCUUACAAUAGCCUUGUACCCCUUAGAUCCACUCUAAUUCACCUUUAUGCAGUUUUCAGUGAGCCUGGCCAGGCUGUUGGUCCCAAUUAAGGGCUUAUUUGGAGGCUUCAUGGGACAAGCAUGGAUGCCUGAAUCUCGACCUACAGAAACACACAUACUAAGUGACGGUGGUUGUCUAGUGAUGCUUGGGCAGGGCAUUUUGUAAUUUAUCUGUUAAUGCUCUCAAAGGUCAGAUUCUGCAUGUAACAGGUGUUUGCCCCCUCAUAGAGUCUUGCCACAUCCACUCAGUGUUGAAAAUUAAAGCUUUGAACCCCAGACUCUUUUCUUUGCUGAUAAGCAGGGCUAACUCCUGACCCAGUUCGCUUCAAUUAAAGAUUUGUAAGUAAAGUAAUGCUUGAGUCCUUUUCUUUCUUAGUAACCCAUUUCAGUUUCAUAAUUCUCAUUGUAAGGAAGUUCUUUAUCAAAUAUUAUGUCUGAGGUUUUAAAAAAAGAAGCUAGGCCCAAGUUCAUUUAGCCUGAACAAGACACAAUUCUACAUGGAAGGAGGAAGGUAGAUGGGAUGAGAUGACUUCUGGUCAUCCCCUGAAGUCUAAUUCCAUGACCUUGUCAGCGGUGAAAUAUCAGGAGAACCUCCCCUCACCACCCUCUCCCUCUACUCUCCUCUUCCCUGCCCAGUACAGCACUUGUCAGGGAUAGGGAAUUUUAGAUGGAGAAUUUUAACCCCUUCCUGCUCGGAGCAUGUGUGGAUCCCCCUAUCUGUGCAGAUGGCAAGGCCCCGCCCCCCGUCCCUCACUCCAGCCUCUUGAGCUCAGAGCCAGUGUAAUCCUCCUCUUGUGUGAGGAAGCCUCUCCCCUGCAGAGAGGAGGAAAGCCUGCCUCGGAACAGCUCUGGACAAAGGGGCUGAGAUGCCCCAUCAAACCACAGCCUCCAAGGUUUGAAACGGGGUGAAACCUAAGUGGGAUCUGCAGUUUUUAACCCCUUCCCUAGGCUGGUAGUGCCCCUUAACUUCCACGCCUCCCCCAACUCUCUUCAUUCCCUCUGUAGCUGGCUCUCCCUUCAUGCCCCUCCCCCUCUGCCUCCAGACUCUGCUGCUGGGAGGUGUUUCUCUCCCAUGCAUGAAUGAGUCUCUGUAAUGAAUGGAAAUGAAUGGAUCAGGAAUCCAGGAAGGGGGAGGGGGAGGAGGAAAGACCAGAAGACUGGUGCCGGCAAAAGCAAGGAGGAGGGACCUGGAGGGAUUUUGGCUGACUGGCCCCGGGUCUGAGAGGAGCUGGUCCCACUUGGAUAGCAGGAGUAUGGCUAGCCCUCCACAUUUGUUUAUCCCGUGGCACAGCCCAAUGCAAGUGGAAGAGGGGUAUACUAUGAUGGCCUCCCACAUUGUGUGUGCGUGUGCGUGUGCGUGUGUGUGUGUGUGUGUGUGUGUGUGUGUGUGUGUGUGGUGGUUCUGGACUAGGGGAGGAAUUCUGGGUGUGUCAUACAAAUUGGCAGAUGGAGGGGUGCAAGUUUUGAGGACAGCAGAUAGGAAGCAUGUGAUGCAUCCAGAUCCAAGCAGGAAGAAGGGACGAGUUUUAGGAAUACAGGCUGCAAGGUGGGGCGACUUUACUGCUGAAAGCCAGGGCUCACCUCUCCUCCAAUCAAUCUGUCUUGUUUUAGCACCUCCGCACCUGUUGCCUUCAUUAGCAGCUUUUCCUUCCUCCUCCUUCCAAUCCUCAGAACCAAAGAAUGUGAAGGGGGUCCAUGGAGGGCUCACGUCCCCGCGUCUUGGUCGGCCACCUAGAGCCUUCCCCACCAGCCUUCGACGGCGAGCUGGAUCUGCAGCACUACUCCAACGGACCAGGUGUGAGCGCCGGGUCUCCUGGGAUGGGAGCAGUGGGCUGGACUGAGACUCGUGCAGGCGAACGGCGCUUCCCCUGUCCUGUGUGCGGAAAGCGCUUCCGAUUCAAUUCCAUCCUGGCUUUGCACCUGCGAGCCCACCCGGGUGCCCAAGCCUUCCAGUGUCCACAUUGUGGCCACCGCGCAGCGCAGCGGGCUCUGCUGCGCUCACAUCUCCGAACGCACCAGCCCGAGCGUCCACGAAGCCCUGCUGCACGGCUGUUGCUGGAGUUGGAGGAACGCGCCCUACUACGUGAAGCCCGACUGGGGAGAGCCAGAAGCUCAGGGGCCAUGCAGGCUACCCCUGCCGCAGAGGGCCUGGCGCGCCCUCAGGUUCCUUCCUCGUCUGCCUUCCCUUGCCCUUUCUGCAAAGGCAAGUUUCGCACCUCGGCGGAGCGGGAACGCCACCUGCAUAUCCUGCACAGGCCCUGGAAGUGCAGCUUGUGCAGUUUUGGCUCCAGCCAGGAGGAGGAGUUGCUGCACCACAGUCUGACGGCCCACGGGGCUCCCGAGCGCCCCCUGGCGGCUACUUCUACGCCCGAACCCCAGCCUCCACCUCAGCCAGAACCCAGAUCUGCCCUUGAGCCUGAGACUGAACCUGAACCUAGGCCAGAGCCUGAACGGGAGGCGAACCCGGCGCCGACUCCUGCACCUCCAGAGGAACCCCCUGCGCCACCUGAGUUCCGAUGCCAGGUGUGCGGCCAGAGCUUUACGCAGUCCUGGUUUCUCAAGGGUCACAUGCGCAAGCACAAGGCCUCCUUUGAUCAUGCGUGCCCCGUGUGUGGCCGCUGCUUCAAGGAGCCCUGGUUCCUUAAGAACCACAUGAAGGUGCACACCAGCAAGCUGGGUCCUUUGCGUGCCCCGGGGCCUGGCUCUACGCCUGCCAGGGCCCCUCAGCCUCCUGACCUGAGCCUCCUGGCUUAUGAGCCACUGGGCCCUGCGCUCCUCCUGGCCCCAGCACCCACCCCGGCUGAGCGCCGAGAGCCCCCGAGCCUCUUAGGCUACCUGAGUGUACGAGCUGGGGAGGUACGACCCAAUGGUGAGGGUGCCGACCCUGGAGCUGGCCGAAACUAUGGAGGAUUCCGCCCGCUGCCUUCAGCUCUUCCCAAUCGGGCUCGGCGACACCGCACAGAGGAACCGGAGGAGGAAGAAGAGGUGGUGGAGGCGGAAGAGGAGAGCUGGGCCCGGGGCAGGUCGCUGGGCACUCUGACUUCCCUGCACCCCCACCCAGGUGAGGGGUCAGGACAGUCCGCACCUGCCGUGGGGGCCCAGGCAAGAUCCACGGUCACCCAAGAAGAAAAUGGGCUGCUGGUUGGAGGGACCCGAAACGAAGCGGGCCGUGGGGCCACUGGCAAGGAUUGCCCCUUCUGUGGAAAAUCUUUCCGCUCUGCGCAUCACCUGAAAGUGCACCUCCGCGUGCACACAGGUGAGCGUCCCUACAAGUGUCCACACUGCGACUAUGCCGGUACCCAGUCGGGCUCACUCAAGUAUCACCUUCAGCGUCACCACCGAGAGCAGAGAAGCAGUGCAGGUCCUGGGCCUCCUCCAGAACCCCCGCCCCCUUCCCCGCGGGGCUCAGCCUCACUGCAGCAGCAGUCGGGAGCCAAGCCAACUCAGGCCUCUGCCACCUGGGUGGAGGGCACUCCAAGUACCCGGCCUCCGAGCAGCACCGGACCAGGGUCCCGUAGGAAGCCUGCCAGCCCCGGGAGGACCCUGCGCAACGGGAGAGGUGGUGAGGCUGAACCCCUGGACCUGUCCCUACGGGCAGGCCCGGGAGGUGAGGCCGGGUCAGGGGGUGCCCUUCACCGCUGCCUCUUCUGCCCCUUUGCCACUGGAGCCCCUGAGCUCAUGGCCUUGCAUCUGCAAGUACAUCACAGCCGUAGGGCUCGGGGCCGCCGGCAGCCCCGAGCUGACACGUCUCCGCCCUAUGUCCGAGCAGCGUCGGGAGAGACGCCUCCCAGCCCUCCACUAGAAGAGGAGGGCAGUCCUGGGCUGUCUAGAUCUGGAGAGGCAGGUCUUGGGGGGCAAGAACGGUAGGAGGGAGCCCUCUUAGGAGUGAUUAGCUUAGUAAGCUUACCCCGCAGGAGCGGGGAAGUGCUAGAGGUAGUUGGGUAGAGCAGCCAGCAGGGAGCAGUGUGGGACCCGUAUCCCAGCCCAAGGUGGACCAAGAGGUAAAGUGGGCAGUGGGUGAAGGAGGGUGGGCCAGCUGUACCCACCCAGCCCAGGGGAGUCACAGUGCCUUAGAAGUGGCAGAGGGGAGGGUCAAAGAGCGGGGUCCUAGGGCUGGUAGAGGAUGUGUUCCUGGUGAGGAGCUACUCUGCCAGUUUCUGCUGGUCCAUAGGCAUGAGAGUUUAUUUUUGUAUAAGGGGUGGGGGUGGGGGGCACUGUACCCUUCUAGCCCUAUCAGGGGCCCUGUAGACGUUGCUAUUUUUGGUACGAUUCCUGUCAUCCCUGUUGAAGAGUCAUGUCCCCAAUAAACAGGUGUCUUGAGGCACAA